GCCGGUCUAAGCAGACGAAAAACGGGUCCGGAAUAUUUCAAGCGAUUUCAAGACAUCCAAACAACAGAGGCACCAUUGUUGUGGAUAAAAAUCAAAAGAUUGAAACUUACAAAAGUAGAAGUACAUAUAUUGUAUGCUGAAGUAAGAUUUGUGGGUCGUUUCACAAAUGUCUGAUGUCGAAGAUGACUUCAUGUGUGCUGAAGAUGAGGACUAUGAUCUGGAGUACUCAGAAGAUAGCAAUUCUGAACCAGAUGUUGACCUUGAAAAUCAGUACUACAAUUCAAAAGCAUUGAAAGAAGAUGAACCUAAGGCCGCCCUCACAUCAUUCCAAAAAGUCUUGGACUUGGAAAUGCAAGGUGGAGAAAAGGGAGAAUGGGGUUUUAAAGCACUUAAACAAAUGAUCAAAAUCCUUUUCACAUUGAACAACUACCCAGAGAUGAUGACUCGAUACAAACAGCUUUUAACUUACAUAAAAAGUGCUGUAACGAGGAAUCACAGUGAGAAAUCAAUCAAUUCUAUUCUGGAUUAUAUCUCCACAUCAAAACAAAUGGAACUUCUUCAAGAUUUUUAUGAAACAACAUUAGACGCUCUCAAGGAUGCAAAAAAUGAUCGACUUUGGUUCAAGACAAAUUCAAAACUCGGUAAACUGUAUUUUGAUAGAGGAGACUACAACAAACUGGCUAAGAUUCUCAAGCAACUGCAUCAAUCUUGUCAGACGGAUGAAGGUGAAGAUGAUUUGAAGAAAGGAACUCAACUUCUUGAAAUCUAUGCUUUGGAGAUUCAGAUGUAUACAGCACAGAAAAAUAACAAGAAGUUAAAGGCAUUGUAUGAGCAAUCUCUCCACAUCAAAUCGGCUAUACCGCAUCCGUUGAUCAUGGGAGUUAUCCGUGAAUGUGGCGGUAAAAUGCAUCUUCGCGAAGGAGAAUUUGAAAAAGCACAUACAGACUUUUUCGAAGCAUUUAAGAAUUAUGACGAAUCUGGAAGCCCAAGGAGAACUACUUGCUUAAAGUAUUUAGUUCUAGCUAACAUGUUAAUGAAGUCGGGUAUCAAUCCAUUUGACUCACAAGAAGCUAAGCCUUACAAGAACGACCCCGAAAUUCUAGCCAUGACUAACUUAGUUUCAGCUUACCAAAAUAAUGAUAUCUCAGAGUUCGAAAAAAUCCUUCGUCAAAACCAUCGGAAUAUUAUGGACGAUCCUUUCAUUCGCGAGCAUAUCGAAGAUUUGCUACGUAAUAUUCGCACGCAAGUUCUUAUCAAACUGAUUCGUCCCUACACCCGGAUUCAUAUUCCUUCAAUAUCUAAGGAACUAAAUGUUGAUGUCAACGAAGUGGAGAGCUUGUUAGUUGCUUGCAUUCUUGACAACACGAUUCAAGGACGAAUCGACCAAGUCAACCAAGUGCUUGAGCUAAAUCAACAACGGCAAGGAACAGCUCGUUACAACGCUCUUGACAAUUGGACUUAUCAGUUGUCUUCUCUUCAUUUGGCGAUCGCAAACAAGAUGGCUUAAUAUAUUUUUUUUAUUGAAUUAAUGGCGUUCUCUGCUUUGCCGAAAACUUUGUUUUGUAAUAGAAAUACAAAAAAAAAUGGCGAUGGUUAA